UUUCAUUUCUCUCAUCUCAAACCAAAACCAAAACCCAAAACCCAAAACACAAAAUCCUUAAAGAUUAUAUCGAUCAAAAGUUAAUUAAAAAGAAGAAGAAGAAGAAGAUGAAUAUGAAGAUGAUGAUGAUGAACAAUGGUGGCAGCAAAAGAAGAGGCUCAAGCAGAGGGCUUGGUGGAGUUGUGAGGCAACAAAGAGCAAGGCUUUACAUUAUUAGGCGUUGUGUUGUUAUGCUUCUUUGUUGGCAUGAUUGAACAACAACAAGAAGAAAGGAAACCCUUUAAACGGUGCCCUUUUUUUCUUUUCUUUUUUGUUAUAGAUCAUUUUUGUAUAUACUGGAGGGGAUUAGGCUCUUACAUUAUAUUCUUUUAUCUUUUAAGUUUAACACCAAAAAUUUUGUAUUGUUGUUAUUACUAUUAUUAGGGUAGAGAGAUUUUGAGUAUGGAGUGAAGGAAGGAAGAAGAAGAAGGCAAAAGUGUAAAUCUUGGCAUAUCAAUGAAUAGAUUAUUAUUAUUAUUAUUAACUAA